GUGUGCGAGUGUAGGCGAGCAAGAGAUACAAAGAAGAGGAAAGACCGAAAGGACUUUUCCAGCUCGGCCGCUGGAGCGAGUGAGAGGGAAGAGAGGAGGCAUAGGUGAGGAAGAGGAGUCGCGCGUGUGUGCGUAGACGCCCGCCCGUGUUGGAGAGCCCGAGCCGCGGAGCCUACCCCGAGUAGGCGCCCUCUCGCCCGGGUAUCACAACGAUGAAUUCGCGAAACAUCCCCUCGGACAAGAUAAACCUGCGCCUCAUCCUCGUCAGCGGCAAGACAAAAGAAUUCCUAUUUAGCCCGAGCGACUCCGCGGGGGACAUCGCCCAUCAUGUCUUCGAGAAUUGGCCGGAAGAUUGGGCGGAGGAGGCGGUGGCCAAGGCGGAAAUCCUGCGGCUGAUAUACCAGGGCCGCUUCCUGCACAGCAAUGUGACGCUCGGCGCCCUGGGCCUCCCUUUCGGCAAGACAACGGUGAUGCACCUCGUGCCGCGGGAGAACCUCCCCGAGCCCAAUUCUCAAGAUCAGCGGCAAAAGAGCAAAGGCGGUGGUAGCAGUUGCUGCUCGGCGUCCUGCUGCAUCCUGUAAGGGGGGGGUGGGACGGCAUGCGGCACGACCCCUUCCUAGGCGAAACAACGAUACGACAACCAUAAAGCUCAUCCAAACAGACACCAGACAACACCCACGUAUACCUAGGCCACGGGAGCGAGCAAAAGGGUGACGGAGACGCGUACGAACGCUCGCUCGACGAAGAGGUCGCGACGUCGACUGUCCACCCCUCGAGCGUUCUCACGGCCGCGCGACUCUUGCGGGCUGGAGGAGGCACAGGGAGGUCAAUAUGAGCCUCCUCCCAGAGUCUGGGACUCGGCCCCGAGCGACGCGAGAUCGCGCGACAAGCGGAAUGCCUUCGACGGCCGUCGUAGCUGGUGUCACGGGAGUCGCAACGGGACGCUCGAGUGUUUAACGGCCGACGCGGAUUUCGGCUCGACCCUCUUCGUCCUCUUCGUGGAAAAGGAAGAGAUCUCUAGGCGUACGGCGUUCGGCGCCGAAGUUCCUCGCUUAGGCCGCAUAUCCCCGUGCCAGACCCCACCCAAUCCCGAGAUAAAUUUAACGAUUAUAGCAUGUACAUAAUAAAGAAAGAGAAGAGGAUGAAGCGAGAUAUAUAGCGAAAAGCAUGAGCCUCUGCUCGAUCGCAGGUUUAUAAUAAUGAGUGAGCGCUAAUAUCAAGCGUCGCUACUUUAUUCUCUCACUCUCUCUCUCUCUCUCUCUCUCU